CUUGAUCGUGUCGUGUUUCUUACGUUCAUACUAUUUCUUACAACUGAUCCUCAUUCUUUGUGUCCGAUUAUCUUUCCUAGCUCUCGCAAUCAUGUCUGCUCGUUGUAGGUCAACCGUCGUCUGUCAAUUCUCUCCAUCCACAUCUCUCACCAGCAACAGCCAAGCGUAUGCAUGCAGAAAUCACCGAGCGUCUAUGCAACGACCCUGGACUUCCGCAUCCCAACCCAACGUCGUCGUAUUGGCAGGAACCGGUGCUCGAAUCCGUCGCUGCUCUCCAGUCUCCACAGCUUGAUGAGAAUGCCGACAUCCUGGUCAUCGGCUCUGGUAUCACCGGGUGCAGCGUUGCUCGUCAUCUACUUGAUGGAAAUAGCAACCUCAAAGUCACCGUUCUCGAGGCAAGGACAGUCUGCUCCGGUGCGACGGGGAGGAAUGGUGGCCACGUCAAAGCCGUUCCUGAGUACUCCUUCGCUGAGCUAGUGCCAUCACUGGGCAAAGAAGAGGCCGAUGCCGUCAUUCGCUUCACCCUCGCCAAUCCUGAGGCGCUUCUCCGGGUGAAAGACACCCUCUCUCCCGAGCUCCAAAAACACUGUGAGGUCCGGCGUGUCGAGUCAUUGAAUCUCUUCACCGAUGACGGAGCUGUGUCGCAAUUUGAGAGUCUCCUCGAAGACUUUGAGCGCAGCCAUCCCAAACGUGGCCGAAUAGUCCCUAGAGACGAACUAGCGCAGAAAUUCGACGUCCAUAAUGCUGCUGGAGGCUACUUGGCGCCAGCUGGUGCUGGAUGGCCAUAUCGUCUCAUCACCGGCCUCUUCGCCGACAUGGUCAAGGACUACACAGACCGCUUUCGAUUAGAAGCACUGACUCCGGUACAAUCCAUCGAAUAUCUAGACGCAGCGCAAAUGUAUAGAGUGACCACUCCGAGAGGUUCGCUUCAUGCGAAACAAGUGGUGCACGCCACUAACGGUCACGCCGGACAUCUACUUCCGGGGAUUCGAGGGAAAUUAUACCCCGUGCGAGGGCAAAUGACAGCUCAGUCUCCCUCGGCGCGGUUCGGUAUCCAGGGUGCUGAUCGAUCUUGGAGCAUCCACUAUGGUACUGGUUUCGACUACAUGACCCAGAGCGGCACAUCUGGUGAGAUCUUCCUGGGCGGUGGACUCGGACAAGCGUAUCUUCAUGGGCUGGACGAACUUGGAAACGUCCGGGAUGAUGUCAACAGUGUCCUGGCGACGGCGCAUCUUUCGGGGAUCAUCAACGCAGUCUGGUGCAAGGACAAGUCAGACACGGCCACAGUCGACGUUCGGGCUGCCUGGACGGGUGUCAUGGGGUUCACAACAGACGGCCUACCGAUGGUAGGCAAAUUGGCCCAGGAAGCAACGUUGCGAUCGGGUUCGGGAGAAUGGAUUGCCGGGGGCUACAAUGGAUACGGCAUGGCGAAUGCCUGGCUAAGUGGCAAGUACGUUGCAGAUCGCAUUCUGGGCAAGGAAGACGAUGGCCUCUUGCCUCAAUCGUACAAAUACUCUGCGGAAAGGCUGAAGAGCAUGCAAGCCGAGGAUGGAGCGACGCACUGGAUGACGGCUCUGGGCCUGGACUGACGUCGUCUUUAGAUGUGGUUGAUGGAGAGUUUCCGUCCCCGAGUAGUUGCCUGAACCAUCAAAUGUAGGAAUGCAUGGUAAUGUUCGUCAGGCACGCCAGAAUUGUCAUCUCGGUUGAACCUGCUAGAUCCCGGCUAUAGAUCGAGGCUGAUACGACAUCUCAAUGACCGCCAGUGCUGGUCAUCACGUUUGCAUUGUAU